AGAGAGAGAAAAUGCUGCCCUUCCUGAUUCUUCUGUUUCUAAACCCACUGAUUUCUGCCGCACAAGGAUACAAAGGAGCAAACUCAGUGGCUGUGGAGAUUCAUAUCAAAGGGAACAGUCAACAGAAGACAUAAAAACCAUCACAGCUAGGCUUGGAGAAAAAGUCACUCUGCCAUGUCAAGCUCCAAACAGCAACAACCUCGCAGGUGUGGAGUGGAGCAGACAGGACCUGGAGCCAGAAUAUGUUCUUUUGCUCCGAGACGGGCACAUUGUUCCAGAAGACCAGCAACCAUCUUUUAAAGACCGGGUGGAACUCCAGGACCAACAGAUGAAAAAUGGAGACGUGUCUUUGAUUCUGGAGAAAGUGAAAGCUGCAGAUAAUGGAACAUACGAGUGCCGCAUCCUCACGCAUGGGGGAGAACGGAGAAAGAGAGCUGUGAAAACCAUCAGCAGCAUCUACCUGAGUGUUGUUGAUCCUCCAGGUCAGACAGGAGAAAACCCAGACGAUGGAGGAGGGAAGAUUGGAUCUGUUGGACCUGCAGCUAUUCUGUCAGUUUUUGCUGUGCUUCUUGUUGCUGCUGUUGUUGGCUUUGUGAUCUACAGAAAACAUAAACAACAGCAGAGUCAGGAAUCAUACCAGCCUCCAGCUGAACAACAGCCUGUCUGAAAAUUUUCAGAGCUUUUUUCAGCUUUACUUUAAAUUUCCUGCUGCUGUUCCAAGUUCUCACUUCUGACAUUCAGCAUGUGGAAAUAUAAUAUAGGUCCGAAUCUGGGCCCUGUACUAUGAAGCAAGUUCAAAAUACCCAGGGUAUCUUUCCUGACAUUGGUGGUCAUAUUUAUAUAUUAUAUUAUUAUUAUCUUAUAAGAUUUUACAUCAGUUCCAGGUGGACAGAGUUUACAUUGGACAGUA